CUCUCGACUUGCUGUCUGGUGCUGAGCCCGCCCGGUCGAACAGCAUAUUCUAUUCCCUCUAGCCUCGCCGUCCAGCCCGCUGCCUGUCUUCGCUGUCGGUCUGCGCAUCUCCAGCAUCGUAUUGCAUUUCAGCUUAUUCGACCUGUCGGCCAAAAACCCUCGCCUCGCCUCGCCUCGCCAUGGCUCAGUUCUUGCAGACAGUAAACCAGAAGACGAGAAAUCAGUUCCGCCCUCGCGCCGGUAAAGGAGGUGUCAAUAGCUACCAGCUACGUCAAUAUGCUGAAGUUACUUUGGGGGGAGGUAGCUUGAGAAAGGUGGUCAAGCUCCCCGAGGGCGAAGAUGAGAAUGAGUGGCUAGCAGUCAAUAUGGUGGACUUCUACAACCAGAUCAAUCUCCUCUAUGGUGCCAUCACCGAAUUCUGCUCCCCGCAGUCGUGUCCUGAGAUGAAGGCAACCGAUGAGUUUGAGUAUCUUUGGCAGGACAGCGAAAACUACAAGCGGCCAACCAAGAUGGCUGCACCUGCCUAUAUAGAGCAACUGAUGGCGUGGGUUCAGGCCAAUAUCGACAACGAGUCUGUCAUGCCUAGCAAGAUUGGCGUCCCGUUCCCCAAAUCGUUUGGAACGCUCAUUCGCCAGAUCUUCAAGCGAAUGUAUCGUGUGUACGCCCAUAUCUACUGCCACCACUAUCCUGUUGUCCGGGAACUGGGACUGGAGCCUCAUCUAAACACUAGCUUCAAGCAGUACGUGCUCUUCAUUGACGAACACGGCUUGGCAAGCGGGCGUGAUUACUGGGGUCCUCUUGGCGACCUUGUCGACAGCAUGCUGAAGAGCGACUGAUUCAGCAUCAUUCUUCACUUGGCUUUUUUUUUUCUGAUUUCUGUUUAAUUGAUCACUCUGAACUGCAAGCGACAUUGCAACGAUGCUUAAUAGGGAGCAAGGCAAGGCGUUAGGAUAAUGUAGAAUUGAAAAUUGGCAUCUGGGUCUAUCGGGCAGAAUCGGGUAAGGUCAUGGAUAAGGGACUAGGUAGUACUAUGAGCAUGCAUGCAAGAUUGUGUGCUGUUUGGAGGCCAUGUUUUAUAAAACAUUCAGCAAAUGCAUUCAUCACAAGAAGAUGAUAGUAAGAAGAAGUUAUGCCACGAGUAUGGACACG